AUGGACUCCUCUCAGUCGCAGACUUGGUCCAGCACAGAGACACCUCUCAAAUGCGCAAUGUGGUCCGUGACCGCUACUUCUCUGACAUCAUCACAUAUCACUUCUGAUUAUCUGCUUAGCCACUCAGUCUUUGAUUGUCGCUUGAACACUAUUGGAAAGUCAGCUUGGGGUCCGCAGGACUGGUUUUCUGCCAACCCCCGGCUCGAUAUGUCUGCUUUCUCCAGUAGCAGGUCAUCAUUUGCUGAUGGGUUGUCUCCUGCACCGUCAUCUCCAUUUUCCUUUCAUAACCUCAACCACGGCAUCAUCGAUUGCUCUGACCUCUUUCCUAGUUCCUUUCCAAACAACUUCACCUCCGAUGUUGGCGUUAGGGACUCACAUUCCACAUUUUCGGACCACAAGAUGUUUGCGUCGAGCCAUUUCAAGGGGUUCGCACAUCACUCCAACUAUGCCGGUGACCUCAUCUUCCGUUCACGGACACAUCAACCCCAGCAGUCAUACCACGGUCUCGUAUUCAGGUUUGGCACGCCUGGCCUUGGACUCUCUGAUCCGGCAACUCUGCUAUCAGCAGUGCAAGGCCCGUGUCUGCAUUGUGUGUGGCAGAGGUUUAUCUCCUUGGUGGAAUCUCUGGGUUCCAUUAUCACCACCUCUCGCCAGUGA